AUGACUGAUAUAAUUAAUACUAAUACUACCAACACUGGUAAUACUAAUACCCUAUCCAAAAAGAGAGUUAGAAGAUUACCACCAGAUAAAAGACAAAAAGUAUCAACUGCAUGUGACUCUUGUAAAAAGAGAAAAUUUAAAUGUUCCGGGGAAAAUCCAUGUCAAUUAUGUACCAAGAAAGGUUUACCAUGCAGUUAUACCAUUAUUGACAAAAGAUCACUUAAGAGUGAACGUAUGGCUCAAUUAAAACAACAACAAAGAGACCAACAUCAUCACCAUGCAAAUCCAUUAGAUUUCAGUAGAACUGAAGAUGAUCAAUAUUCUCAAUCACUGGUAUCCCCUAAUUCAGUUGUUUCUUCCCAAAUUAGUCCUCCAUUUAGAGGUCCAGGUUCAAUUACUCCUUCCUUACAAGACCCCCAACAACAACAGCAACAACAACAACCACAGCAACCUCAACAAUAUCAAAUGGCUUAUAACGUUCCUGCUUAUCCACCACCUGUUGGGGGUCAAAGUUAUCCUCCACAUUCUUACCAGCCACAGCAACAACAGCAACAUGUGCCACCUGCACCUCCGCCUGCGCCACAUCAUCACCAACAGCAACAACAACAAUAUGGACAACAGCCACCACCGUUCCCAUACCCUAACCAAUACCCACCACCACAUCAGCAAGCACCGUAUCAAUCGGGCCCACCACCUCCACCACCUCCAAUGGGAAUGCCUCACGGGUAUGAUUAUAGAAAUCAACAACAACAACCCGGUUUACCUCCUCCCCGUGCUGGUAGUUUGCAACCAAUGAAUCCUCACUAUGCCCAACCAGGCAUGCCACACCCGCCACCACCCCAACAACAACAUGCCAGUGCUAGUUCUAUUGGACAUCAACUCCCACCUCCUCCACCAUCAGGAUUCUCACCACAACUGUAUACCAGUGUAUCUAGCAUGCACGCAACCCCUAGUUCAACAUUACUCCCACCUGGUGAAACCAAACAACAUGGAAUCCUUACUCCUGAAACCACGCCUAAUGAUUCACUGACUAGUCCAAAUCAUUAUAUCCCAAAAUCACUCCAACCAUUGCUUUCAUUCCCCAUAGUUGCAAACCCCGUCGAAACUGAUACUCAAGAAAACGACGACGAAGAAGAGGAAGAGAGUAGUAGCGGUAGUGGGGAUGAUAAUGCUACCAUCAAGAAAGAAAAAGAUUCGAAAUCAGGCGUGUCUAACCAAAUGGGUAGAUCAGUUAUUUUAUUAAAUGACAAAUCUGGUACGUUUCGAUAUAUGGGAGAAACCAGUCCCCUUUCACUCCUUUAUGAGGCCAGAAAUAUAUUUGUUCAAUAUGUAGGCACCACCAAAUUAACCGAAGAUCUUCGUGGUUGUCCCGUGAUUGAUAAACCCCUCCCAAUAAAAUCCCACAUUUCCGUCCAAUUACCCAGUGUUGAACAACGAGAUAUAUAUGUGGAUGAAUUUAGCAGAAACAUAAAUGAUACUUUUUAUAUUUUUGACAUGAAGAAAUUCAGGAUUGAGAUUGUGGAUGCUGUAUAUCAAGACCCUAUGAAUGAGAAGAAUAAAAUCAUGAUGAUAUUGUUAUAUUUCGUCCUAGCUAUCGGGGCGACCUAUUCUGAUUUCGCUCAGGGGAAACCGGCUGCCAUAACGGGUGCGGCAUAUUUCGAAAGUGGAUUGAAUUUAUUGAGGGAUGUGGUUGAGGAUUCGGAAAUGUGGGUGGUAAUUGCUCAUUAUUUGCAAUUUCAUUAUUAUCAGGCGAUAUUGAAGAAGAGUACGGCUUGGAUUCAUUUGAAUUUGGCGAUUAAAUAUGCUCAAUCAUUGGGAUUACAUCGAAGUUUUGUAAAUGAACAAUUUUCAAAAAUGUCGGAAGAGACUGAAUAUAGGAAACGGUUAUUUAGGAGUUUGUAUACUUCUGAUAGAAUUUCACUGACUUUUAUUGGAAGACCAUUGACUAUAAAUGAUUAUGAUUGGGAUGAUCCUUGUCGUAUGGUGAAUCCGAACCCAAGUAUGGAAUUGUUUCCAACUUCUAGAAUGGAUUUUGAUUAUAAUGCAAGGUGUCAAAUUGAAUUAAGUAAAAUAUGUACCAUGAUUGGGAAAAUCGUUAGUAAUUUCUAUCGUGACAGAAUUAUUGAUCUUAAUCGUACCAAGAAACUAAUUAUUGAUUUGAGAUUAUGGUCCAAGAAUCUUGAUCCUCAAUUAUCGUUAGAUAAUAUAUUAAAACCAGAUGAUAUACCGAAUAAUACCCAUGGAGAAAAUACUCAAAUCUUAUUAAUGACUCAUUUAUUACAAUUAUAUUCAAUCAUGUUAUUAAGUCGUCCAUUCUUUAUGUAUAAUGCAGUCACACUUAUAAAUUCCGAUUUAGCAAAAUCAAAAAUCCAAGAUGAAAAACUCACACAAGAAUUCUGUCAUGCUGCUACAAAAUCAUCAAUCCUUGCUGUGAAAUUAAUGAAUCAUUAUAUGAAUACCGCAUUUAAACAAACUAAACGAAUGGAAUGUUAUAUUAUCAUAACUUGUUGUUUCUAUUCUUCAAUUGUCAUCGGUGUAACAAUCUUAAGUGGAGGCUUUGAACAAGAAGGAUAUACCGAAAAUGAUUUGGUAGAUUUGUUACGUAAUACCGAAUAUAUCUUAAAUCAUUAUUCAAAAUGCAACAAAGGUGCAGAAAGGUAUGCAGAAAUAACUCAUGAUAUGAUAAAUGCAUUAGUCAAUCGUCACAACAAGCCUAAAUUAGAAGACUCCAGAGAGGAUAGUAUUAUGCCCAAGAGUGAUUCGGAUGAAGAUAUUGAUUAUCGAUUAUUAAAUGAUUUUAAUUUCUUGGAUGAUCCUAAUGAUAAUUUACAAAGCUUGAUUGAAUUUCAACAAUUCUUUGUCGCUCAAGAUAUUGCAAGUACUCUGUCGGGUGGUAGUGGUAGUGGUGAUGGAACAAGUAUGCCAUAUGAUUAUGGGAAUUAUGAAUUGUUUUUCGGUGAUAAGUAUUAG